CAAUACCCAUUUUUGUGUCGCCUCGUCAUAUAAGAGAGAGAAGAGGGAGAGCGACAGAGAGUGGCCUGACGUGAGGUGGCGAUCAGUUCGUGGAACCUAGUACGGCCGGUUGGCAUUGGAAUUUCUUUUUCGACAUUGACCGCGCGCUGCUCGCGCCGGCCGCAAACCAUGCCUCCUCGCCAGGGACGUUACCAGCCAGCCCGUGAAUACCACGUCGUUGUGUUGGGAGCAGGUGGUGUCGGCAAGAGCUGUCUGACUGCUCAAUUUGUGCACAACGAAUGGAUAGAAAGUUAUGACCCCACUAUUGAGGAUUCAUACCGAACUCAGGUCUCAGUCGAUGGUCGGCAAGUCGUUCUGGAAAUCCUCGACACUGCAGGGACCGAGCAAUUUGGUUCGUCACCAAGAGUCUCCCCGUGUGCAUGUGAAACUGACCCGGCUAUAGUUGCUAUGAGAGACCUGUACAUGAAGACGGGCCAAGGUUUUCUGUUGGUUUUCAGUAUUGCGUCUGCGUCAUCGCUAGCCGAACUUCAAGGUCUCCGUGAUGAGAUCAUUCGCAUCAAGGACGAUGAGAAUGUCCCUAUUGUGAUCUGCGGAAAUAAGGCAGAUCUCGAGGACCAGAGGAACGUUCCACGGACUAAAGGGUUCUCCCUAUCUCAAAGAUGGGGUGCACCUUAUUAUGAGUCUAGCGCAAGAACUCGAACAAAUGUCGAUGAAGUGUUCGUGGACCUUUGCAGGCAAAUGCUUCGAAGAGACGAUGCUGGCGAAAACUAUCUCCAAGAAGAGCCAGAUUUCGAUCCGUACUCAAUAUCUUAUUACAAGAAGCGGAGACGACAAAGGAGAGAACGCGACAAGGAUCCACAGCGACCCAAGUGUAUUAUCCUAUAAUAUUAUACCGUGUACAACAUGUUCGUGUCCAGCCUUGCGGUUUGCCUUGCGGUCAUCACGGCCUGAAGACAUGUACCG